AUGGGUCAUCCAAAGACUAGCAUGAGCGAGCUCUUGCUUUUCUUGGCGUCUGGGCUUGCAUCGCUUCUACAGGCACUGUUGUGUGCUGUUGGUCUGCUUGCCUGCCUUAGUGUAAGUCUGCUAUGGUAUACAAGCCGAUACCCCGUAAAGCCUAUGCCCCAUUAUACGGAGCCCCUGGUGUUUGCGCCUGAGCCGGACCAGCCCCUUCUUCAAGGCAACGACGCAACACAAGACUUUGCCCAUCUCAUUGUACGUGACUUUAUACGUACCUGGCACAAUGUGCUGGUGCAAGGAGAGACCAGCCAGGACGCCCUAGCUUUUCCUAUGCUGAUCGAGGAUAGGAUCUCUUCAUGCGUCAAUGCACUCUUCCUACGCGCCAGCACCUCGGAUUGGCUCAAAUUUCUCAUGAAACAUGCCAUGCCUACCAUUGUAGAGCAUAUUCGGCGCUUUGAGCAAGCCGAACUAGAUACCUAUGGCACGCAGAAAACCACUGCCUUCCACCACAAGUUUGACGAACUGCUUUUGGCGAGCAAGUACCAAGGGCCACUUCACCCUGCGGUAGGCACGACAUCGAGCUUGGAUUCCAAGGUAUCUGAGCUUGUAUAUCUUCGGACGUUAUCAGAGCGUCUUCUGCGGGCUCUUACACCUGCUCAUUAUACAUGGACACCUACCAGCAUGGCCCUCGUUCGUGAAGUGCUUUCGUGCUCGAUUUUGUACCCUGUGAUUGAUAUGGCCAGUGACCCAGAUUGGAUCAAUGAAAUGGUCCUGCAAACUUUGCAGCAUCGACUGAAGCGGAACCUGAGCGCCAAGUCGCAUUCCGACAAGGGACAUACCAUGCAUUCCCCGCCACAGACACAGGGAAAGACUCAUCCAUCUCGUGCAGUAGCUGGAUCCCAAGCGAAGAAUGGAAGAAAAAAGUAUAAUAAGAUCGAACAUACCAAGAGCACCUCAACUGACAAAUGGACGUCCUUUCGCGCAUUGCUCGCUGCCACCAACUCUCUGCUAGAGCUUCAUCGUAUUCGAGACGGGCUGCUGCUCGAACUGGAUCGACGCCAAAGUGAAGAAGUACGUGGUACGGAUCAAAAAAACGGUAAAGGAAAAGCAAGUUCUGCCGGUGCCAUUCGACGAAUUCAGCUGGCCUUGAAUUUAGUCCAAGAGCGUGUAGAGCAGAUUGAAGGGAAGCAGGUGGAACCAAGCCCAUCGGACUCAGUAUCUUCGCCUUUGUCGCCUUCAAGAAGUACAUCAGUCACGCUCCUUGAUACGCUGCACGACUCUGUGGGCCUAUCCAACUUUAUCGAGUUUAUGGAACGUCGAAAUCGAUCUCCAUUGAUUCAGUUUUGGAUCUUUGUGAACGCGUUCAAAGAUCCAUUGGAACAGGUGGACAUCAAUCUGGAAAUCCACGCAGGGAAACCAGACAACUCUCAUGAGCGCUGA